UUCCGAUAGCGCCCAUCAUAUAUAGCCGGUGCAAAAUCCCCCUGCUCUCUUUUGCCCUCCACCUUUUUCGUCCCACUUUUGCUAGCAGCCACCACCGCGUGCUUCCGGAAACUCACACCAUGCUUUUCCGCAGUAUCAGGGUAGCCCCCAGCAAAAUGGCCGGCGUGGCCCGCGUGGCCUCGGUCCGGGCCAAGCUCGCUAAGCAGACGGGUGCCGUCAGAACCUUUGCCGUCAGCAGCCGCUGGCUAAACGCCGAGCCCGUGUACAAAGGCGGCGAGUACUUGAAAACGCUAGCCAGCCACGACCACGCGUUGGUGGACGUGUCGAAGGUGUUGGUGAUCGGCUCGGGAGGGUUGUCCAUCGGGCAGGCCGGGGAGUUUGACUACUCGGGCUCGCAGGCCAUCAAAGCAUUGAAGGAGGCCAACAAGCAGUCGGUGUUGAUCAACCCCAACAUCGCCACCAACCAGACGUCGCACCAGUUGGCGGACGAGAUCUACUACUUGCCGGUGACGCCCGAGUACAUCACGUACAUCAUCGAGCGGGAGAAGCCGGACGGCAUCUUGUUGACGUUCGGCGGGCAGACCGGCUUGAACGUCGGCGUGCAGUUGGACAAGAUGGGCGUGUUUGACCGCUACGGCGUCAAGGUGUUGGGCACGCCCAUCAAGACCUUGGAGACGUCCGAGGACCGCGACCUCUUUGCGCAGGCGUUGAAGCAAAUCGACAUCCCCAUCGCCGAGUCCAUAGCCGUGGACACCGUGGACGACGCGUUGGCCGCGGCCGACGCCAUCGGCUACCCGAUCAUCGUGCGCUCGGCCUACUCGUUGGGCGGCUUGGGCUCCGGGUUCGCGGCCAACAAAGACGAGCUCCGCGACUUGUGCUCGCGCUCGUUGUCCUUGGCCCCGCAGAUCCUCGUGGAGAAGUCCUUGAAGGGCUGGAAGGAGGUGGAGUACGAGGUCGUGCGCGACCGCGUGGGCAACUGCAUCACCGUGUGCAACAUGGAGAACUUCGACCCGUUGGGCAUCCACACCGGCGACUCCAUCGUGGUGGCGCCCUCGCAGACCUUGUCGGACGAGGAGUACCACAUGUUGCGGUCCGCGGCCAUCAAGAUCAUCCGCCACUUGGGCGUGGUGGGCGAGUGCAACGUGCAGUAUGCCUUGCAGCCGGACGGCUUGGACUACCGCGUGAUCGAGGUCAACGCCCGCUUGUCGCGGUCGUCGGCCUUGGCGUCCAAAGCCACGGGCUACCCGUUGGCGUACACCGCGGCCAAGAUCGCGUUGGGCCACACCUUGCCCGAGUUGCCCAACGCCGUGACCAAGACCACCACUGCCGGCUUCGAGCCCUCCUUGGACUACAUGGUCACCAAGAUCCCCAGAUGGGACUUGGCCAAGUUCCAGCACGUCAAGCGCGACAUCGGCUCGGCCAUGAAGUCCGUGGGCGAGGUCAUGGCCAUCGGCCGCAACUUCGAGGAGUCCUUCCAGAAGGCCAUCCGCCAGGUCGACCCCUCGUACGUCGGCUUCCAGGGCGACCACUUCGACAACUUGGACGACACCUUGGCCAACCCGACCGACCGCAGAUGGUUGGCCGUGGGCCAGGCGUUGCUCCACGAGAACUACUCCGUGGACCGGGUGCACGACCUCACCAAGAUCGACAAGUGGUUCUUGUACAAGUUGAUGAACAUCGUGCACAUGUACCGUGAGUUGGAGGCCGCCGCCUCCUUGUCCAACGUCAACACGGACUUGAUGAGCAGGGCCAAGAAGCUCGGCUUCUCCGACAAGCAGAUCGCCAUGUGCGUGCACCUGGCCGAGUUGGACGUGCGUGCCCUCAGGAAGUCCUAUGGCAUCACGCCGUUCGUCAAGAAAAUCGACACCUUGGCCGCGGAGUUCCCCGCCAACACCAACUACUUGUACACCACCUACAACGCCACGUCCUCGGACAUCGACUUCAACGAGCACGGCACCAUGGUCUUGGGCUCGGGUGUGUACAGAAUCGGCUCGUCCGUCGAGUUCGACUGGUGUGCCGUGGCCACCGCCAGAGCUUUGCGCAAGUCCGGCCACAAGACCAUCAUGAUCAACUACAACCCGGAGACAGUGUCCACAGACUUCGACGAGGUCGACCGCUUGUACUUCGAGGAGCUUUCCUUGGAGCGUGUCUUGGACAUCUACGAGUUGGAGACCGCGCAAGGCGUGGUCGUCUCCUUCGGGGGCCAGUUGCCCCAAAACAUCGCCUUGGCCUUGCAGAACCAGGGCUGCAACGUGUUGGGCACUAACCCGGAGGACAUCGACAAGGCCGAGGACAGACACAAGUUCUCCCAGAUCUUGGACUCUAUCGGCGUCGACCAGCCCCAAUGGAAGGAGUUGACCUCCAUCGAGGAGGCCGAGGCCUUUGCCAACGACGUCGGCUACCCGGUUUUGGUGAGACCCUCCUACGUCUUGUCGGGAGCCGCCAUGUCGGUCAUCAACUCGCAAAACGAGUUGGAGUCCAAGUUGUCCAACGCCUCCAAGGUGUCUCGCGACCACCCCGUGGUGAUCUCCAAGUUUAUCUCGGGCGCCCAGGAAAUCGACAUCGACGCCGUGGCCCACAACGGCGAGGUCUUGGUCCACGCUGUUUCCGAGCACGUGGAGAACGCAGGCGUCCACUCGGGGGACGCCACUUUGGUCUUGCCUCCUCAGAACUUGUCUCCUAUCAUCUUGCAAAGACUCAAGGUCAUUGCCGACAAGGUUGCCGCGGCCUGGAAAAUCACCGGUCCUUUCAACAUGCAAGUCAUCUUGAACGACAAGGAGGGCGCUUUGAACGACUCGGACGCUGAGCUCAAGGUCAUCGAGUGCAACAUCCGUGCCUCGCGUUCCUUCCCAUUCGUGUCCAAGGUAUUGGGCACCAACUUCAUCGACGUCGCCACCAAGGCCCUUCUCAGUGAGAACGUUCCAAAGCCCGUCGACUUGAUGGCUAAGGAGUACUCCCGUGUGGCCACCAAGGUGCCUCAAUUCUCUUUCACUCGUUUGGCUGGUGCUGACCCAUUUUUGGGUGUCGAGAUGUCCUCUACCGGUGAGAUUGCUUGCUUCGGUGACGACUUGGUCGAGGCCUACUGGACCUCGAUCCAGUCCACAAUGAACUUCAGCGUGCCUCUUCCCGGCACCGGUGUUUUGUUUGGUGGUGACUUGACCAACGAGAAGUUGGCCAAUGUUGCCAAGACCAUUUCUGGCCUCGGCUACAACUUCUACGCCGCUUCGCCAGAUGUUGCCGAGUACAUUUCCAAGAACGUCAGCGAGUCUGUCGAGGUGAUCGAGUUCCCAAAGACCGACAAGAGAGCCUUGAGAGAGAUUUUCCAGAAGCACCAGAUUUCUGCGGUGUUCAACUUGGCCAAGGCCAGAGCCGAGAGCUUGUUGGAUGAGGACUACGUCAUGAGAAGAAAUGCCAUUGAUUUCGGUAUUCCUUUGUUCAACGAACCAAACACCACCCAGCUUUUCGCCGAGUGCUUGAAGGCCAAGAUCGGUAACAAAGUCAACUUCGACACCAUUCCUUCUUCUUUCGAGAUUCCAUCGGAGGUCAGAAGAUGGAGUGAGUUUUUGGGAGGCAAGCCUGUUUGAGCGCAGACAGCAGAUGGAAGACAGUACAGCACACAUAAUGUAAACAAGAGA